AUGGUUUCUGCAAUUGAUUUACAAGCUUUGAAAGUCUUUCUCAAUGGUCCAAUCACUCAUGAUAUGAUUCAUAAAAUUGUUGUUGCUACUUUACAAGUUAUCCCAUGUGAAGAUACCAAAUCCAAGACUUAUACUUCAUCCAACAAUACCAUCAAACAAUUGCCAAGUUUGAUGACUUUUUUAACUAAAUUAGUUAAAUAUACCAAUGUCUACACUGGUACUUUGAUGGCUACUUUGAUUUACUUGCAAAAGUUGAAAACCAGAUUACCAAAAAAUGCUCAUGGUUUGCCAUGUACUAGACACAGAAUCUUGUUGAGUUGUUUGAUUUUAUCCUCAAAAUUCCAUAACGAUUCCAGUCCAAAGAACAAGCACUGGGCCAAGUACACUGAUGGUUUAUUUAACAUCAAAGACAUUAACUUGAUGGAAAGACAAUUGAUUUUCUUGUUGAAUUGGGAUUUGAAAGUUACCAAUGAAGACAUGUGCCAUGCAUUGAAUAGUUUCUUGGAACCAAUCAAGUUGGAAAUUAUCAAACAAGAAAAAUUCAAAAGAUAUAUCAAACAAAAGAACGAAGAAGUCAAUUCUAUUGCCAGUUCCAUCUCAAGUGUUACUUCUUCUCCACCAUCUUCAAGAUCAUCAUCUAUUUCUCCUGUUCAAUAUCAUUAUCGUCAAGAUUCUACCAGUUCUAUUUCUUCAUUAAGUUCUGUCAACACAAGUGAUAGUAGUGUUUACUCAAUCAGUCCAAAACACAACAAUAUUACCACCGCAGCUCCUGCUCCUAUCAAUUCCAGUUUGGUUGAUCCAAUUAUCGAAUUGACUGCUCAACAAGAAGAAUUUGAAUUGAAGAAUUUCUUAUCUAAGAAAUUAUCUACUUCAACUACCAACAAUAUGACUGCUAAUACAGCUAGUCAUAAUUUCAAUUUUGCUCCAUCUUAUGGAUACAAUGUUGCCAAUGCUUUUUAA